UCUGUGUAUUUUUCAUUUCUAUUUUCUGACGUAAAUUAGAGGAAAUAGUAAUUAAUCGUAACUAUAUGAAAUUCCUACAAUUUAUUAAUCCAAAUACUUUCUUGGCUUGUUGGGGAAUUAAUCUUUAUUGUUGUUGACGUGAAAAAUGACGAUUGAAGGAAACAAGGAUGAAGCUGAGCGCUGCAUAGAAAUUGCGCAAAGUGCCUUCACUGCUGGGAAUUAUGAGAAGGCCGAGCGUUUUUUAGUGAAGGCGGAACGUCUUUAUCCUACAGCAAGAGCUAAGGACCUCUUGACCGUGGUUAGAGCUGCAAUACCCACCGGGACCUCAAAGCGAACGCCUCCCAGCAGCCCUAGUGAUGAUGUUAGGCGACGUAAGACUGCAGCACAUCAACCUGAAAAGAGGGAAUACACUGCUGAUCAACUGGACGCCGUAAAAAGAAUCAAUACCAAAUGCAAGGAUUAUUACGAAAUUCUAAGUGUAACAAAAGAAGCUACAGAUUCUGACAUCAAGAAAGCGUACAAGAAGUUGGCGCUCCAACUUCAUCCGGAUAAGAAUCAUGCACCAGGAGCCGCUGAGGCAUUCAAGGCUAUUGGAAAUGCAGCUGGAGUACUAACAGACCCAGAGAAGCGCAAACAAUAUGAUCUCCGUUCUGAUGAAGCACCAGUUCAUACACAGCACACCCAUCACCAAUAUUAUGCGAGGGGCUUUGAAUCUGAUCUCACCGCUGAAGAAUUGUUUAACAUGUUCUUUGGACAUACUGCAUUCUCAGCGGGUGGCCCAACAGUAUACCGUCGCCGUCGUGAGCCAGAACAAAGGGAGAACCACGGGGGUUUAGUCCAACUCCUUCCGAUAAUCGUUCUGGUCCUCCUCUCCAUGAUGUCAGGGUUUUUCAUCAGCGAGCCGGUGUAUAGCCUCACCCCGAGUUCCAAGUAUCCAGUACCGAGGGAGACUGUUAAUCUGAAGAUACCAUACUACGUCAAAGACAAUUUCCAUACAGACUACCAGGGUUCGCUACGGAGACUUGAAAUGGCGAUAGAAGAGGAAUAUAUUGUGAACCUACGGCACGCGUGUCAGCGCGAGCGCAACUAUCGGGACAGUCUGGCAUGGAAAGCGCGUAACUUUGGCGACAGCGGCCAGUACGCAGAGGCGCAGCGAAUGCGUAUGCCUAGUUGCGAGAAGCUGAACAAGUACCAGCGGUAGAUGGCGCUGUGAGCAUUCUGUUUUUGUUAAGUUGUAAAAGUACCAAUGGUUGAGCAUAGAUGGCGCUAUUCAAAUUUUUAUUUCAUCUAUUUAUUGUCACGAUACAACGAUAUAAUAUGACGUAUUGUAUUCAACUAUGUUAAGUUGUAAAAGAACGAUUGGUUGAGGAUAGAUGGCGCUAUUCAACAUUGUAUUUGACCAAUUUAUUGUCAAGUUUUAACCAUAGAUGAUGCUAUGAAGAUUCAGUUUUGAAUUGUAAAAGUACCAUUGGUUGAGGAUAGGUGGCGCUAUUCAAAAUUUUAUUUGAUUAAUUUAUUGUCAAGUUUUAACGAUAGAUGACGCUGUGGCUGGUUUUUUGUUAAAAUUAAUAGCAAGUUUAAGCCAAGAUGAAGCCACACGUAAUUGUUAUGUUGAAAAUUAUUGUUUAUCAGUUAAACGUACGAUUGUAUUGUUAGCAAUAUUUGAUAUUUAAAGGUGUGUAUGCCAAUAUUGUAUGGCGUUAUUUAGAACGAUUAUGUUAGCAAUGAUAUUUGGUUCUGUAUUUGUGGAAUUUUAAAUUAUUUAAAAGAAUAGUACCAAAGGUUGACGGUAAAUAGCGCGUUUACUAAAUUCAAGGAUUGAAGUUGUCUAGUUUUAACAAUAGAUGGCACUGUAGGUAUUUGGCAGUUUGUUGGAAAUGGUUUUAAAAUCGUAUAAAAAUUACGAUUUUCAUUUAUGUUGCAAUAUACCUGUACAUAUAUAGUCAAUAUUCCUGAGUAUAGUUAAAAUUGUCAAAACUUUAUAUAGAAGAAUGUGUUCAUAGCAGUCGAAGAUAUAAAUACUUGUGUUCAGACAUUUGAGCCGUGUACUAAUAAAUUGCUUAAGUGAGGCGGUAGAUGGCGCUGCUAGCAAAUUCUUUAGACUUUUGUUUUUUUAUAUAAUAAUGGAAAUAUCGUUUAUUAUUAUUUAUUAUUAUUCGAAGUAAGUAAGAUGGCGAUAGAAAUGUUUAUAAACUUAUCGUUUAUUUAUUAUUUAUAAUAAAGGUAUUGGGGCCCUA